UGCACCUUGAGCUGUGUGCUCGCUCUCUCCUGGGUGGAAUCUUACCUAGUGUGUAGUCGUGCACUGGCUAGUUGGCUACGAGCUGUCAUUGGAUUAUACAUGUGUGUGCUUCUACCGUAUGUGUUGCUAUCCGUGGCUAAUUAAUCAGGAAGCUAUUAGGCCCCUCUAUCAACCUAUUGGCUAUCAGAGAGCCAUAUCUAACGGUGGAGUGGGGGACAAUUGACUCAGAUUUUAUACACACUUCAUCUGGUUUCUUUUCCUUGCUGUUCAAAGACUUAGACGAGCGGUAACUAUUCAUCGUUUCCUUAAAGUGUUCAGCGAUUCAAACAGUUACGACCUUCGUGAAAAAUUAUACACAUUUGUUUUUAAAUUUAUACGUUUUCUUGAACAAAAACGGGCUAUGAAGGCUGGGCCAUUAAAAUAUACAAUAGUUAACAGGGUUAGCUGCUUGCAGGAAAUAUAAUACAUACCAGUAAGCUGAUAUAGAAAGGUAAUAUAAUAAGAAAAGACACUUGCUGAUUUUGUUUGAUAACAAAGAUGGCAUCAAACAGACACCUUAUAUGACGUCAUAAAGGACAGAAAAAAAGGAAAAAUGGUGGCGCUGGACGGCUCUCAAGAACUGGUUGGUAAUACGGCUCAGCAACGCAACUGGCGUGGAAUAGCUAUAGCCCUCCUAGUGAUACUUGUUGUGUGUGCUUUAAUUGUCACUGCUGUUAUCAUCGCCACUCCAACAGAAAGAGUGGAAAACUUUGGAGAGAAAUUCACGUUUGAUGAUUAUAUCAAUUUCGAGCUUCGUCCAGCCAGCUUUAGUGCCGAAUGGAUCGCGGGUGAAAACCAGUUUGUGUAUUUAACUGUGGAUAAAUCACUGAGAAUUUUCAACUGCUCUCACAACGACAGUUUUGAAAUUAUGGACAACAACACUUACAAAUCGACAGAAUUGAAAGACUAUUACCUUUCAUCUCACGGUGAUUACCUGUUGCUAAAGUUAAAUACAAAACAGAUAUUCAGGCAUUCCGCUGUAUCAGAUUAUUCCGUAUACAAUGUUCACACAAGGUCAACAGUGAAACUGUUUGCCGGUCGUAUACCAGUGUCCGGCAUGACAACAGCAGAACCAAGAAUCCAGUAUGCCUCGUGGUCACCCACUGGACAUGCACUGGUUCUAGUGGAAGACAACAAUAUUUAUUAUAAACAAAACGUAACAGCUGAACCAGUCCGUAUCACAGAUUCUGGAAUCAAAAAUCUUAUUUAUAAUGGUGUGCCUGAUUGGGUGUAUGAAGAGGAAAUUCUGGCCACUGACAACGCCAUCUGGUGGUCGCCCUUGUCCAGUUACCUGCUGUACGCCACAUUUAAUGACACGCAGGUCCACAAAUUCCACUACACCAUCUACGGUGACAUGAUGGAGACCUACACAACAGAGGAGAAGAUCGCUUACCCAAAGGCUGGCGAAAAGAACCCUGAAUUCACAUUAAAAAUAAUAGAUCUGAAGAAGUUAAAAACAGUUCAAUUAGCUCCACCAAAAGAAUUGAACGGAAGCGAUCAUUACUUUACACGUGUCCAGUGGCUGAAUGACCAGCAAGUUUUGAUCACCUGGCUAGAUAGAGCCCAGAGAUAUGCCAUUUUCACCAUUUGCAAAGCUGUGGACGGCACUUGUAGAACGAGUCGUGAAGAGAAAGCUCAAUCAGGAUGGUUGGACGUGUUAGAGAAAGUUUUGGUGGGUAGAAAUGGCUCCAGGUAUUUUACAAUUCUUCCUCGAAAAGAAGACAACGCUGAAUUUUAUAAGCACGCAGCUAUGAUAGAAGUAAAGCCCAAUGAACAGACUGAUCAAGUAACGUUCCUGACACAUGGCAUGUGGGAGGUGACAAAACUUAUAAGCUACGAUGACAAAUCGGAUACACUGUAUUUUCUAAGUCCAGAGCUAGACCCAAGACGAUUGCAUCUCUUCAGUGUUGCAGUGACUGGCGGUAAGGGUAUUGCUCAAUGUCUAACGUGUGAGCUCAGUGAAAACUGCCAAUACAAUGAAGUAUCCAUGUCAGAUAGUUCCGAAUUUUACAUUUUAAGCUGUUUGGGUCCCGGCAUACCAAUCUACCUAUUGAUGUCAAUUAACGGUACUGAAGUAAGGAAUAUGGAAAAUAACACAGAAUUCGGAGAAAUUAUUUCAAAGAAAGCCAUGCCUGUUAUAAAGUAUGAUCAAAUUACUAUAAAUGAUGAAAAAUUGUGGGGGAAGCUCUGGCUGCCGCCACAUCUUAAAGAAGAGGAGAUUAUAACGUACCCACUUGUUCUAAAUGUCUAUGGCGGCCCUGGUACCCAAGAAGUCAAAGAGAAGUACACCAUAGACUGGAUGACCUACCUUGUCAGCUCCAGGGAUUUUAUCUACGCCAAAGUCGAUGCUCCAGGGACUUCUGGUCGUGGCGAUAAAUUUCUGCACACCAUCUACCGGAACCUGGGAACACGUGAAGUUGAUGAUUCCAUUAAGGCAGCAGAAUAUUUUGGUACACAUCAUUACAUAGACCAGACCAAUAUGGCUAUAUGGGGAUGGUCUUAUGGUGGGUUCGUGGCUGCCUCUGCUCUAACUCGAGACCAAUCAGUUUUUAAAUGUGGCAUUUCUGUGGCACCUGUUACUGACUGGAAGUAUUAUGAUUCUAUCUAUACUGAACGCUACAUGGGUUUGCCUAAAGAUAAUACUGUAGGGUACACAAACGCCAAUAUAUCAAACAAAGUUGAUAACUUCAAAAAGUCAAACUUCAUGCUGGUACAUGGUACUGCAGACGACAAUGUCCACUUCCAGCACUCUGUCCAGCUGAUUAAGGCAUUAACUGAGGCUGAUGUUUAUUUCCGGUUCCAGCUUUACGGCGACAAGCAUCACGGCCUGUUAGGCGGGAACACGAGACGCCAUCUUUUUACAUCAAUGGAGGAUUUCCUGUGCGACUGCUUUCACGAUAAAUUAGGCGGGAAAAGUCAGGAUGAUUGUGAAGUCGAUUAACAGUUUUGUUUACUCAACAAUUUUUAUGCCAUGAAUUUUUCUGUCUUUCAGUGUUAUUAUCAAAACACUAUCUUUAACUAACACUAGCCCAAAACAUUAUUUUAACUAACCCUAACCCAGGUUUAUGGGGUAGUGGAACGGCGAAUGCUUUAUAUACAAACUUAAAAUUGUCCUUUCUAAACUUGUCCACAACUCAAGCUGAAUUGCUCGAAACAUCUGCUGUUCUGUUUUCUACACAGAUUGAAGUCUUACCCUCUAACCGUAUAGGUCUAUGCUCUAUCGCCGUAUUACUAUUAUUGAAUCUUAAAUUUGCAAUAAUCGUUUUCCUAACAAAAGCUGUACUUUCUGCUUGUCCACAUUCAAUAGGCAUAUCCGGUUCCUUUUUUUUUCUCAAUGAGUUCACUGAAGUUACAAGGUCGCGAUGUAGAUUGCAUGACUUCUAACCCAUAAUUCUCGAGUAAGUUUAAUCGAUUGAUUAACAAAACGUAAACCACAACAAUUCUAGCAACCUGUAGAUACUUUGUUCCGUUGGACCAACCAUUAAUGGCAUGAAUGGACACCAGCGAGUUGACGAGAUUCCUUCCAUAAUGUUGUUGACAUGGAAUAAAAACGUGCUUUUUAGAUUUAGACCGUAAAAAAAAACUUAAGCCUAAAAUUAAUUUAGAAAUUUUAUAUUUUAGGAAUAAAUGCUAUAAAAGUUGCAAAUCUAGAGAACUUGAAAAUAAUUUGUUGAGUUUAAGGCUACAUUUCUAUUUAUUUUCAUCAAGCCUAUGUUAUAACCGGAUGUUUCACUUUCGUAAGACAAAUAUUGAUUGGCUGUACAGUAACUUAGUGAUCGAUAACUAUUUGUUUACAAAACUUUGCAGAUCAAGUUUUUAAAUAACAAUGCAAAUUUAAACCCCAUGACCUAGUUUUUCUAUUUUUAGCUUAUAAUUUGUACAAUACAAUUUAUGGCGGCCUAUCGAAUGGCAGGAUGCCAUUGUUUAUGUCGCCAUUACACGUGAAAAAAAACCAGACAGGCAGGAUUUUAUCACCAUAUUUAUUGUAACUACGCCGUGCAUGAUUUAUAAAUUAAUUUAUGGACCUCUCAAAUACCUUUGAGACUUUUCUCGCUGGCGUCCAUUAGGGUAGGGUUAAUUUUUCGAGCAUUGGAUUAGGGUUAGUAGCUCGAGCUAGGCACGUAUUUUGAUCAUUUUAAAAGUAGAUAUUAAGUUAAGGGUUAGGGUUAGUAUAUAGGCCCAGAAGUGUAUCGGCUUUAACUUCCAUUUUAUCUAAGCCUAACCCGACCCAAACUAGAAGUUUCUUUUUUUAGCUGCUGACUCACUUUUGUUUGUUUCUGAUUGACCAGUUGUAAAUUUCUCGUAAUGGACUAUUUGUUUUUACUGCUAAAGUUUCUAAAGCAUUUAUGCUAGUAUUGUUUUCAAUCUGAAUUCUUGCAUUGUUAUCCUGCUAACGUUGAUUAUUUUUAAUCUGUGAGUUUUAACAUUUUUAUCCUGCUAAUUUGCUUUAAAAUUAAGAAUGUCCUUUUAUCGUAGUGUAAUACCAAUAUAUUAUUAUUAUAAAUUAAUUAAGCUGUGAUGCAAUUUUCUUACGAGUAAAAUUUUGUAAUGAUUUUGAUUCCUUUUACCUUUUAUAUGCCUUUUUUAAAUAUGAAUGAUCCAUACCUUAAUGUUUGUAUAAUUAAUUAAUGUUUUUUAUCUUAAAAUAUAAAAUAUAUAUUUUUUUAAUAGGAAAAAUAUUAUUUAAACAUUUUCCUUUAGGCCUAAUUUUAAUUAGCUUUUAAAAAUCACUUCAUUUUAUUUGAGUAUUUAUUUUUCUCAUAUUCGCAGACAUACAGACGUAACCCAAACGUAAUCAAAUUAGGUUUGUGAAUACAUAUCUAAAACCAACAUUCGAUACCAUACAGGUUAGGGUAAGGGUUACAUGCUCAAGAAUUUCGAUACCGUACUUGGUUUGGGUAGCGCCUUCACAGUAUUUCACAUCAUAUUGUAAAAUGUUUACAAAUGGAGGAAGACAGACAAUGAAUACAAGAAAUCCAUCCAUGCAUUGAAUUUAUCUCAGUCACGAAUAUUUUUAACUUCGAUCAUUAUAGACAUACAUGAAGAUAGAAAUGAGCGCACACACACACACAUACAUAGACUUACAUAUAUAUAUAUAUAUAUAUAUAUAUAUAUAUAUAUAUAUAUAUAUAUAUAUAUAUAUAUAUAUAUAUAUAUAUAUAUAUAUAUAUAUAUAUACAUACAUAUAUACACACAUAUAUAUACAUAUAUAUAUACACACAUAUACACACAUACACACACAUACACACAUAUAUACACAUAUAUAAAUUAAUAUAUACACAUAUAUUCACACAUAUAUAUAAUAUAUAUGUAACAUACCUAAAAUAACUUUAUGGUCUAACAAUUUCAAUUCGUUUUUGUUUGAUUACAUAAUUUUUUUUUCAAAUUCACUUACUUUAAUCAUUGUUGUCUUCCAUCUAGUGUACAUUUUUAUAGAUUAUCUUAGAAAGACAACUCUAAAUUACAUGUUCAUUACUUUGUUGAUGGGAAUCAUUAUUUUCGAAUCAUUCUUCAGAAGCAUUUUGUUGUGUGUUUAUUUAUCAGCAAUUAUUAUCCUAAACAUAAUUCUAAGUUGGUGUGUGUAUAGAAUAUUUAUUUGUACCAGUUUUCAUUUUGGUUUUAAAUAAUGUACUAACUCUUAAUUUGAUCCUACAUUUACAUCUUUUAGAUAUUGUAAGGAAAAAUAUUUUUUUUUUGGGGUAUGGGGUUUUAUAAUUUCUAAAAUUGUCUUGCAUUUCUUUAUCCAAAAUCUAUUCAUUGAAAAUGUUUGUAAUAAAUAAAGGAUUACAAACUUCA